AUGGAUCGGGGCUACAACGCCCUCGAUCACUUCGUCGAGACUCCAAUGAGUGGUGCCUUGCUGAAGUCUCUUCGCAAGAAGGGCACCGACUUGAGAUUCAUGUGCCAGGAAGUAUGCUCGGCAGCAGUCGCCGAAGGUUCGAAGACUUAUCCAACGAGAUUGCUGGCUUCCAUCCGAGAUGAACGGCGAUUUCACAAGCAGCUGCAGCGGCACUUGCCGAAAGUGGAGACUCUGAAAUUCCCUGUGGCAGUGAAAAAGCAGCUGGCGAGCAAGGACUUCAGCACCUGA